UUCAACAGGUCAGUAAUCCCUGCACCUUAUAAAAAGCAGCACACUUGCAACCCAAACUCCGCAGCAUCUGGUGUUCUUGACAGUCUCUGCAUGCUGUGAGGACAUGGCAAUGAAGCUCGUUUGUUGUCUUCUGGCGGUUGGCCUGUUUGGCUGUCUGGCUAGUGCCCAAUGGGGGGAUCCCAAAUUUCCUCAAGUUCCCCAAUACCGUCCUCCGAAUCCUCAGAACCCGCAGAAGCCUCCGACCUCUUCACGGCCUCAGAAGCCUCACCCUCCACCCCCUCCACCCCCUCCACCACAAAACCCUCAAAAACCUUCAACGCCUCCAAAGAAGCCCAGUAAUCCCUAUCCUCAAAAUCCUCAAACUCCUCAAAAUCCUCCGAAAAAUCCACCACCGGCAGUCCCUCAGGUAACAGAGACCUUUCACACCUGUGAAGUGCCUGAGAACUACAAGAUACAAUGUGGCCCACCAGGCAUUUCUGCAACAGAUUGUGGGGCUCUCAGCUGCUGCUUUGAUGGGCGCACAUGCUACUACGGCAAAUAUGUAACUCUUCAGUGCACCAAGGAUGCCCAGUUCAUUGUGGUUGUUGCCAGAGACGCCACCCUACCAAACAUUGAUUUGGAGUCACUUUCUUUCCUUGGAACUGGUCCAGAAUGUGGUCCAGUGGGUACCUCGUCAGCUUUUGCCAUCUAUCAGUUCCCUGUAACUGCCUGUGGCACUGUCCAGUCGGAGGAGCCUGGUGUUAUUGUCUACGAGAACAGGCUGACCUCCUCUUACGGAGUGCUCAGUGGACCUAAUGGAUUCAUCACCAGGGACACCUACUUUGACCUGUCUGUCCAGUGCAGAUAUAUUGGUACUUCAGUCGAAGCUUUGGUCAUUGAGAUUCUGCCCGUUCCUGCACCACAACCGGUAGCAGUUGCUGGUCCCCUGAAUGUGGAGCUCAGAUUGGGCAGUGGACAGUGUAACUUGAAAGGCUGUGUUGAAGCGGAUGUGGCCUACACUUCCUUUUACGGGCUCAAUGACUACCCUAUCAGAAAGGUGCUCAGGGAUCCUGUUUAUGUUGAUGUGUACCUGGCUGACAGGACUGAUCCCAACCUUGUCCUGACUCUUGGGAGAUGUUGGGCAACUGCUGACUCCAAUCCUUACAGCCUUCCUCAGUGGGACUUGCUGGUUAAUGGGUGCCCUUAUGUUGAUGAUCGUUACCAAACAACUCUGAUCCCUGUGGGUGCAGGGUCAGGACUUGAGUUCCCAAGCCAUUACAGACGUUUUGAGUUCAAGAUGUUCACUUUUGUAUCUGUUGGACCUGGUACCAAUACCGGCAAGAAAGCAACACAAGCAAACCCAGACGGAGCGGUACCUCUCAACGAAAAUAUAUAUAUCCACUGUGAAACAAGUGUGUGCCAACGUACCCCCGCAAAUAACUGUGAACCUCGAUGCUUCAGAAAGAGGAGAGAGAUUGGUGCUUCUCUGAAGAAAACCCUUCGGCAGGAGACGGCUGUGGCCAGCAGCGGGCUGAUUGUCAUCUCUGAGCAAACUGAAUAAAAUGCCAACGUGCCAGAAGAAUAUUCUUAUGAAAUACAUGUUCCUGAGGGUUUCUAAAAAUAUCUGAACUUCAAGUAAAACCUUAAUUUGCGGAUUGUGUUGUCUGUUUUUUUAUUCCUUCCCUACAAUCCCAACUGUUUCA